CGGCAACAGGUGCACAGGCGCUACAACAAUUCAAAAACAAAGCCAUGGCAACAAUUGUGCGUAAACUAAUCAGCACUGCAAAUGCAGCCAAGCCGGUGGCGCCAUACAAUCAAGCUGUGGUGGCCGAUCGCACUGUUUAUGUGUCCGGCUGUUUGGGUCUGGACAAGUCAACGAUGCAAUUGGUGCCAGGUGGCGCCACUGCGCAAGCAGAGAUGGCGCUGAAGAAUCUGGAGGCGGUGCUAAAAGCAGCCGACUCUGGCGUAGAUAAGGUGAUCAAGAACACAGUUUUCUUGAAAGAUCUGAACGACUUUGGUGCGGUCAACGAGGUGUACAAGCGGGUGUUCAAUAAGGAUUUUCCUGCACGCAGCUGCUUCCAGGUGGCCAAACUGCCAAUGGAUGCGCUCGUCGAGAUUGAGUGCAUCGCUCUGACUGGGCCCGUGCACACCGUUACCGUGGAAUAGCCAUUAAAGCCUUCAAAACUGUAAGGCAGAACCAAUUUAAAUAGGAAUUACGAAAUGCCAAUUAAAAGCUAAUAAAACCGAAAAUUGUUAA